CGCUGGUCGACUGCUGGCUGUCCCCUUUGGUCAUUUCGUCAGUUGCGCCAGCGCGAAGUGGUGUUGGCGAAGUCGAGCAACGUGUCGCAGCCAACGGCUCUGCUACGCUCGGAGCCGCUCGCUGCUUUUCGUGUCGGUAAUACAGCCCGUUCAAAAUUGCAGCGUGCCAGGCAUCACGGAGCCCUUCCUCCAAGCAGCGAUGGCGAAAUGACGAGGCGUCAAGCGAACCCGACUCAUGCUGGACGGACGCUGGCAACCCCACGACCCACCAGUAGCCAGUGCACUACUCUCCCAAGCAACGGGUAGGCAGAUCUAACCAAUUCAUUUCCCUCUAUCUUCGCAAUGAGCGAAUAAAGAAAACCACCACCUGGCCCACCCGCGGGUGCUUGUCUCUUCUCUUCUCUCUCCCAUACUGCCUGGCUAUCACAAACAAUCACUGUCGCUGUCUGGUAUACAACACGCACACGGUCGUGCUCCUCGCGCGCUUUCCUCUCGCUUUUGGAAUCUUGGUUAUUCCGUCCAUUCAUUACUUGUCACUCCUUCCGCGAUAAACUCUCAAAAAAAUCACAAUGAACUUCAAGCGACUCGCCCAAGCGGCCCUCUUCCUGGCCUCGCUCAGCAGCGCCAUCCACCUCCACGAACGACACAUCGAUCUUGAGGAGCGUGGUGGUUAUGGUGCCACUCCCACCGGUGGCAGCUAUCAAUUUGCGCCGGGCAUUCAGACCGCAACUGGCGAUACCUGCGCAGCCGCCUUCGGUAACGGCUAUCAAACUUGCCGUGAAGCUUCCGGUACGGUGAACCGUCUCUGCUAUAACCCGAGCGCCGGUCAACAAUGCUGCUCGGCGUCCUGGUCCUGCCCGAAUGGCUCGUUCUGUAUGUCGGACGGUUCAUGCUGCCCCAACGGCAUGGAUCCAACGAACUGCGGUGCAAAGCCUGCGACGACCUCCAGCUCAACAAGCAGCAUUCCUUCCUCGACAUGGGCCCCAAGCUCUUGGUCGUCAGUGUCCAAGCCUCACACUCACAACUCGACGACGUCAUCAUGGGUUCCGAAGACGUACGCGACAAGUUUCAUCAACACGACUAGCGUCAAGGUCACUGCCGCCGCUACCGGUAGCUAUGUUGUCCCAACCAGCGCCAGCGCCCCAGUUAGCAACGAUGCGACCACAGGAUCCUUCCGCGCGGCAACAUUUGUGGGUGCUGGUGUCCUGGCUAUCCUCGCUUCCUUCUAAGCGGGCGCUCAGCCGCUUAGAUGAUAUGUUUAGAAAAAAACCCAAAAAAAAAAUCUCGCAAAGCUCGAUUUCAAUUCUUUUCUAUCAACCAGCGGUUGGCCCACUCAACGAUACCCAUUUUGUUCCCGAUGCUAGGAUGAUCGCUUGACCCGCCCCGGACUACGCAAGAGCGUUUGACGCUGGCAGCAAAGGCGCAGGACAAAUACGAAGGAAAACAUCCCACGAACGGACACCGGUUGAUCCAACGCAAGCUUCUUUUCUAGUCUUCGCACUUUUACUUCUUACUGCACACCUUUUCCGAACGCGCGGUCCCCAACUACACACAUGUGCGAAGAUGCCGCUUGAUACAUCUUUCGGAGGUGGUGCCUGGAUCCCUGGCUCCUGGUCCAGCUUAACUACGUUGUUAGCACAUAACAAAUUACUCACUUUUUAUUUUUAACAAGCACAAACCCCCUCCGAUCCACCUUCCGAUUUAUAGCGCGCGCGGAGUUCUGUGGCAUUCUUUUUGAUGUUACACGACUUUACGAACCAUUCUUUCACAGCAUCUCAACAUGACACUCUGGCUAUAUAACAUCAUUUAGUGUCUAAUCAUCAUGAAUUUCUGCGAAAAUGACCUCAAAGGGGAAUGGAAGGAGUCGUUGAUGGGGAAUUCCUUCGCGUUUGGUGGGAGAGGUUGGGAUUGUAGAUACCCCCUUUUUCUUUUUUUCGAGAGGAUGGAUUGAUGAUAUUUUGGUGAAGCGCGCUCUCGUGGGAGAAUUCGAUAGUUUGCUGUUCAAUCCGUUCGCUUACGCUUUAUUUCUUUUCUUAUUUUUUAUCCUAUAGCGUUUUCUGCUUUGCCGUUGAAUAGCUCAUGCAUCUCUGGGAAAGGGCAACCGCUGAGAAUUGGACUUUGCACAAAA